CUGUAAUCCUGUAACUAUUUUCCUUUUGACCUUUACAAUUGCUUAAACAUGUCAAGAACUUGAUAAUGUAACUUCCUCCAGACUUCUGCUCUAGAUGGUGAAACUAAUCUAAAGACCAGGUUUAUUCCCUCAGCUUGCAUGGGGAUUGAUCUAGAAGUCUUGCACAAAAUCAAGGGUGUGAUUGAGUGCCCUGUUCCUGACAAGGACAUUAGAAGAUUUGAUGUAAAUUUACGGUUGUUUCCUCCUUUUAUUGAUAAUGAUCUGUGCCCAUUAACCAUUAAAAACACAAUUCUUCAGUCAUGUUACUUGCGGAAUACCGAAUGGGCAUGUGGAGUAGCUGUUUAUACAGGCAAUGAAACCAAGUUGGGUAUGAGUAGGGGCAUACCUGAACCAAAGCUUACAGCUAUGGAUGCUAUGAUUGACAAGUUGACUGGAGCUAUAUUUGUUUUUCAAAUUGUCGUUGUUAUGGUUCAUUUAAUCUCUUCCUUGAUGCAACAUCUGAUCGUUGGUAACCUGAAAAUUCUAUUAUAGAGAAGUCAAAGUCAAGGCCAUUGUUGGCAUUGCAGUUUUAUAUUCUAAUAGAAACUAUUUUUACUUUUUUUUUUAUUACAGCUCAUAGUUGCAGCAGGGAUGGG